AUGCCUCACGCACUCACUUCCCGUGACUCGACGAUGGAGUCGAAGCCACUUGGGUCUUACCCGAGCACCGGCAUCGACGUCCUUAUCGUGGGCACUGGUCUUGCAGGUCUUGUUGCUGCAUUGGAAUGCACGCGCAAAGGACACAACGUACGCGUUUUGGAACGAAAUGCCGAUAUCAACACUGCAGGUGAUAUGUACUUCAUGGGUUUGAGUGCCACACGUUUCUUGAAGCACUGGCCCGAGCUGCUCAAGGAAUACAAGAGAAUCUCACUCCACAAUGCCUGGAUCGAAACGUUCAAGCACUCUGGCGAGGUCGUCAUUCCACCAAAGAAGGUCGCAGACCGUCUACGAGCUCAGGGAUUAGAUCCAGAUACACCACCUGGCGAGUUCCAAAUGCGUCCCCUCGUCUAUAAGAUGUUCGUGAGCGCUGUUGAGGAGCUUGGUGUGUCGGUUGAAUUCAACUGCAAGAUUGUUGAUUACUUCGAGGAUGAGGAAACAGGCAAGGGCGGGUGCGUAACUGAGGACGGGAAGCGGUACGAGGCGGACGUUGUUAUUGCCGCUGAUGGUGUCGGCUCCAAGAGCCAGAAGUUGGUCGGUGGACAAGUUCGCGCAAGACCAUCCGGAAGGGCUAUGUGGCGCGCUGCGUUCCCGAUCGAGCACCUUGACAAGAACCCCAAAGUCAAGGAGUUCUUCAAGAUCAUGCCAGGCAACGAGUCAAUCGUGCGCACAUGGCUAGGUCCUUCCACGUAUGCUCUCACACUGACUCGCGAAGACGUCAUGGUGUGGAUCAUGAACCACGACGUCACCGGAACCGAGAAGGAAAGCUGGAACAACACCAUCGAAAAGGAGGAAGUUCUCAAAGGCAUGGACGAAAUGCCAGGAAUGGAGAAGCACAAGUGGGCGCCCAUCUUCAAAGAGUUGGUCGACGUCACUCCUCCAAACACCAUUGUCAACUUCGAACUUCUUUGGCGUAACCCGCAACCGAGCUGGACAUCUCCCCUCGCGCGUGUCAUCCAGAUUGGUGACUCAGCACACUCCUACCUCCCAGCGUCUGGAAACGGUGCUACACAAGCUAUCGAAGAUGCCAUAUCACUAGCUUCAUGCCUGCAGAUCGGCGGCAAAGAGAACAUUCCACAAUCAGUGCGCGUUCACAUCCGUUUCCGUUUCAUCCGCAAUUCUUGCGCUCAGAAGCUUGGUUUCUCCAACGCUGAGUUGCUACAAGAUACCGAUUGGGACAAGGUGAAGCUCGACCCGCGUCGCGCAGCACCCAAGCUACCAAAGUGGGUUUGGAGUCACGACCCAGAGGCAUACGCAUACGAGAACUACACGAAGUCUGCUGAGAGCAUGAAGAAGGGCAUCAAGAUGGAGGAUGAGACAAGCUUUGAGCCCAACUAUCCCAGGGGAUACAAGUAUGAGCCCUGGAGCAUCGAGAAGGUUAUGGAGGAUAUGAGGGCAGGCAAGCCAAUUGACUUGGGGCCUGGAGACUGGGAGUAA